UGUGUUUUUACUGUCACAAAGGCACAUUUUCAGAGCCCUCCUCCUGUGGUGACGGACACCCUGAAGGUCCCAGUGAUGGGACUGGCCUUUUCACAUCAACUUUCCAGCUCUCGUCUUUCCUAUCAGCCUGCUGCCCUGGGAGUUGGCUCAGCUGACAUGGGGUAUCCUGUGCUCUUUGCUGGUGGCUUGAAUGCUGCACACCCACACCAGUUGAUUGGCCCAGGCAAAGAGGGGGGAGUUCCCCCAAUUCCUAGCCAGCCAGCACAUGGCACUCAAGCUGACCAAGAGAGGAUGUGCACCCCACUGGAUGGAGUCCACUACCCAGCAGCUACUCCUUCUAGUAGUGAGGACACAGAAACAGUAUCCAACAGCAGUGAAGGGAAGUGUGGCUCCCCACAUGACCUUCUGGAGACCAUCUUUAUCAGGAAGGUGGGAGCUUUUGUCAACAAACCCAUUAACCAGGUGACCAUGGCCAACUUAGACAUUCCUUUUGCCAUGUUUGCUCCCAAGAAUGUUGAGCUGGAAGAUAACGACCCCAUGGUUAAUCCUCCUGACUCCCCAGAGACUGACUCUCCUCUGCAGGGCAGCUUACACUCGGAGGGCUCCAGCGGCAGCAGCACAGGCAACACCCACGAUGACUUUGUUAUGAUUGACUUUAAACCAGCAUUUUCAAAAGAUGACAUUCUUCCAAUGGACCUGGGGACGUUUUACCGGGAGUUUCAGAACCCCCCUCAGCUCAGCAGCCUCUCCAUUGACAUUGGAGCACAGUCUAUGGCAGAGGAUUUGGACUCAUUACCAGAGAAGCUGGCAGUCCACGAGAAAAAUGUCAAAGAGUUUGAUGCCUUUGUGGAAACCUUGCAGUGAAGCCAUUUUCCAGUUUUGCUGCAGCAGUUCUUCCUUCUCAAGGCAUCCUGGAGAAUGACAUCAACGAGUCUGUCUACCACCCCUGCUCUGCCUUGUGUCUCACUUUGACUAGUUCCUUCCAUCCAGUGAGCUUUCCUUGGUUGCUCUCUUCAACAGCAGAUACAGUUCAUCUUCUGAUUUUCCUCAGCUAUACCACAACAUAGUUCUGGACUUUUUUCCCCUGCUCACAGUGAGGUUUGAAUUUAAGACUUCAGCAGGGAUACAGGAAGUCAAACUCCAACAUAUGAAACUAUUUUCUCUUCAAUCUCUGUUCUGUGUGGAGGGGCUUUGUGAGAAGCUGCCAUAUGCUUCCUCCAGAGGUCCUAUGGUGUGAGUUCCCUAGGUGUAGCUUCUUGCUAACAGACUUUCUCCUCCAGUCUCUGAUCCUGUUAGAGCAUAGAAGGUUUUGGCUCAUU